AUGAAUGAAAUUCAGUGUAAUUUUUGUAAUAAAAUCUUAAAUGAUCCUGUUACCUUUUCUUGUGGUCAUUCGUUUUGUUUAGUUUGUGUACGUCAAAUAUUUAGAAAAGAUAAUAUUUGUCCAACUUGUCAAAAACCUUUUGGAAGACCUUUUAAAGUAAAUGAAAAAAUGAAAAUACGAAUUGAAAGGUUUAUUGAACAACAAUCUAUAUCUUCUAAGACGAAUGAAUCUGAUGAAUGUAUAAUCAAUGUCCAACCUAAUUCAUCAUUAUUAUCAUUACCUGAUUAUACAAUAUUAGAAAUUAUGAAGGUUGAUAUUAAAUGUGGUUGUUUACUUGCACAAACAUGUAAAAAAUUAAAUGAGUUGUUUAAUAGAGAUUCCCUUUGGAUGGAUAAAGUUUUAUCUAUUAAUCCUCAUUUUAAACACCAAAUUGGAGCUUCUUGGAAAAUAGAAUGUUUUUGGUUAUCUUCAAGAAGAAAUUGUUACAUUAAAGGUGGGAUUAAUAAUUAUAAUGUUCAAACAAUUUUCUAUUCAGCAAAUCAAAUUCAUCAAGUUCAAGUAAUAGACCCUUCUGAUAAUUUAACUGUUUAUGACAAUCAAUAUUUAUAUGAAAUUAAUUUAAAUAACGAAAUUAAUAAAAUAAAACUAAGUGGUUUUAAGUCAAUCUCUAAGAUCCAAAGAAGAGCAAAUAAAUUGCUUAUUCUUGAUAAUGACACUUUCUACAAAUAUGAUCUUCUUACUCAAUCAAUACUUUGUAGUUAUAUUCCACAUAAUAAGAUCAUUACUACUUUAAUGAAUGAACGAGACUUCCUCAUUACUCAACAUUCUAUUCUACAAAUGGAUGAUGAUGGAACAUUUACAGAAGCAGUAUUUCCAAAUAUGGAUAUUGUUGAUGCAAUGUUUUAUAAUAAGAAUAUUGUAUUGAUUGGAAAAGAAAUGGAAAAGAAUUGUGUUCAUGUUAUUAACACAUCAGGUAAAUGCAUUAAAGUAAUUGAAUUUGAUGACCCAAUAACUUUAGUAGAUGGUUGGAGAAUGGUAGACAAUAAUAAUCAGUUAAUUUAUAUUAAUAAGUCUGUUGUAUAUUGUGGAAAUAAAAUGUGGGUUCCUGGAGAAGAUAAUAUCAAAGAUAAUGAAAAUUAUUCAACCAUCAAAAUAAAAAAAAUAGGCUAUGAUAUUGUGAUUUGCAUUCAUUCAAAUUUUAUUCAAAUCAAUGACCAAACAUUUGAAAUUGACAUUGAAACAAAUGAUUGGUAUGUAGAUGAAUUAAACGAAAGAAUUAUUCUUGUUGACUUUAAUCAAAGAAAAGCAGUUGUUGUUAGUUUUAAUGAUGGAGUUUUAUUUUCAAUAAUUCUUGGUAGUGACUCUGAAAUUGUUAGAGGUAUUAUAGUUAACUUAUUUGAAUAUAAAUUAUAUGUGAUUCUAGACAAGUCUGUUAGACUACUUCAAUUUGGGAAUUAA